AUGGAUAUUCUCCGCAGUGUCUCCGUCCUGCUCUGCUGUGCCCUCCUGUCCGAGGGCAAGAUCUCAGAAUACCAGCUGGAGUCAGAGACUCUGAGUCAGUGUGAGCUGUUGAGAGGGGAGGGGGCAGCCCAGCAGAGAGAGCAUGUUGCCCAGUGCUCUGAGGAUGGCCGCUUCAGGCAUGUCCAGUGUACCCAUGAGAGCAGUGAAUGCUGGUGUGUAGACGCUGAAGGCUCUGAGAUUGCAGGGAGCAGACAGAACGGAUCAGCUGUACACUGUCUGUCCCCCUGCCAGCUCCACAGGCAGCGGGCCCUGCUGAGUGAAGCGGCCCCAGCAGUGCCCCUGUGCCUGGAGUCUGGGGAGUACCAGCCCGUUCAGUGCGACCGCACCCAGGGACAGUGCUGGUGUGUGGACCGGGAGGGCAUGGAGAUCUAUGGGACACGGCAGAACGGAAAGCCUUCUCGCUGUCCUGGUAGCUGUGAGAUCAGAGAGCGCCGUCUCCUCCACGGUGUUGGGGAACGUUCCCCCCCUCAGUGCUCUGCCGAUGGGAACUUCCUUCCUGUGCAGUGCAAGUUUGUCAACACCACAGACAUGACAGUCCUGGACCUCCUUCACUCCUUCAACAGGUUACCAAGAGCCUUUCAGACAUUCAGCGGCUUCAGAGAAGCAUUCCCGGAGGUCUCCAGUUACUGUUUCUGUGCUGACAGCCGAGGCAGAGAGCUGGCCAACACAGGUGUGGAGCUGCUGCUGGAUGAAGUAUACGACACGGCCUUCUCAGGAAUGGAGCCUGAACGCUCCUUCUCCCAGUCAAACAUGUACCGCAUCCUGCAGAGGAGAUUUCUGGGCUUACAGCUGGUCAUGGGCGGCAGGUUUAGAUGUCCCACUAAAUGUGAGAGUGACAGGUCCUCUAGCAUUGAGGCAGAGACAGUGUGUGUGCCCUCUUGUGAUGCGAGUGGAGGUUACACCGCUGUGCAGUGCCAGGCUGGCGGGCAGUGCUGGUGUGUGGAUUCUGACGGCAGAGAGAUCUUUGGGACACGGCUGCAUGGAGGAAAACCUGUCUGCGGUACUGGAGUGACAGGCUGUCCUGCAGAGAGACGACAGGCCCUCUCGCGGCUGUUCUUCGGCCCGGCUGGUCCCUUUAGCUCCCGAAACCUGUUCUCACAGAGGCCGCAGGAUCAGGACAGGAACGCCUCACCCCUCAGUCCCUGCAGUCCAGAGGUGCAGGAGCUGUUGGCCAAAUCCGGGCUGCUCCUGUCCGUGUCCGAGUCUGGGCGGCCUGACCUGGCCGAGGUCCUGGCUGAGGUCAUUCAGGGCAUGUUCCCCACUGGAGCCAUGGCCCUCAAAGCCCUGUCUCUGACCACCAAUCCCAAGAGGCUGCAGGAAAACCUCUUUGGAGGAAAGUUCCUGAAGAACGCCGCCAAUUUCAACUUCAGUGCAGCGGUUGGGACCAGGGGCACAUUUAGCUUCAGCAGAACCUUUAGCCAGGUGGGGCUCUCAGAGGUUAGCGCUGACUUGGCCCAGCUGGCUAAGAUCUUCUCCCCUGAAGCCAACUCUGGGUUUGAGGCUGCGGCCCUGGACCGGGAGAUCUCAGACCCCUUGGGCCGACUCGUGAAUCUGAAGAAGAACAGCGAUUUGGUGAGACUGGUGGCGUCCUCCCUGGAGAGCGAGCAGUUCUUGGCCACCCUUCGGGAUGUCAUCUCUGUGAUGAAGGCAGAGGACAGUGUGGACCUGGGUGGUGUGUUCCAGGCUGUAUUCAAGAGCUCCCAGCCAGGCGCGUGUCAGAGAGACUCUGCUCUGUACGUCCCCCGGUGCACAGAGACCGGGCAGUACCAGCAGGUCCAGUGUCUGGGUCCAGAGUGCUGGUGUGUGGACUCCCGUGGGAUGGAGGUCCUGGGUUCACGCUCAAAGGGGCGGAGACCCAGGUGUCCAUCGCUGUGUGAGAGCGAACGGGAGAGGGCUGUGAAAGUGAGGGCGGGUCUGUCUGCGGGGUCAGAGGUCUUCAUCCCUAAGUGUGAGGCGGACGGCAGUUUCACACCUCUGCAGUGCUCUGGAAAGGACUGCUUCUGUAUGGACCGGGAAGGAGGCAAACAGGAGGCCACUGCGGGACCUAGGAGUCUGCAGUGUCCCACUGACUGCCAGGCCUCCGCAGCAGGGCGAUUCUUGAGUGCAGUCCAAUUGGUGCUGUCAGACCCUGCCGCGAUGACCCAGCUCUCGAACGUGUACAUCCCCCAGUGUGGCCCAGAUGGGAGGUGGCGGCAGGUCCAGUGCGAUGGGCCCCCCGAACAGGCCUUCCAGUUCUAUCGGGACUGGGUUCGACUGAACAAUGCCGGGCAGAACCUGCCUGUGUCCGAGGUCAUCAGCACCCUCAGCGGGUAUGGGAAGCACCCUGAGGCCCUGGCUUCUUUUGGGGGGUUCGUGAAGGUGCUGUUUGAUGCAGGACAUCAGAGGGUCUUCUCCGUCCUCUCCCAGUACGAGACUUUUGACAGUGUCCCAGCUGAGGUGUUGGCCGGUGGCAGCGAUGCUGUUUUUGGACCCAGUGUGUUCCUGAACCCCCUGUCCUUGUGGAGACUCCUCCGGGGGAACCUCACGCAAUACCCGGGACAGCCCUCCGACUUCAGUGUCCCCCUGGGACACUUCCACCUCCGUCAGUGCUGGUGCGUGGGGGCCCGCGGGGACAUGAUAGCUAACACCAAGGCCGCCAUCAACCAGAUCCCAAAAUGUCCUGGCUCCUGUUCUCUCAUGGGACGGCGGAUCUCCCAGUUCCGCCAGGAUACAGAGGCGAUCAUUUCCCUCUCCAACAGCUCCAAUGUGCCUCUGGGCUACGGCUUCCUGCUGGGAGAGGGCCUCAGUCUGACCCCCCAGGAGCUCCUGCACAGCCCCCCUGUGGACCCCCUCAUCUCCGACACCCUGCUCAGUCACUCCGACUCCGCCCUCCGCCUCGCCGCCCUCUCCACACUUCAGUUCUACUGGCAGAGUCACACCAGUGCGUCUGACAGUGACAGAGAGGCCCUGCUCCUCGGGUACCAGCCCUACACCCCACAGUGUGACUCCAGCGGCCUGUGGCUGCCUACACAGUGCUACCCAAGCACAGGUCAAUGCUGGUGUGUUGAUGGAGAAGGACAGUAUAUCCCUGAGUCCCUAACCAGUCGCUCGAUGGAGCUUCCACAGUGUGGGACCCCAUGCCAAAGGGCCCACUCUCAGGCUCUGCUUUCUGAUUGGAUGCCAUCUGUCUCUGACCAAUCAGACUCUCUGUAUAAUCCCACAUGUGAAGAGAGUGGAGAGUUUGCUGUGCUGCAGAGGGAGCGUGCAGACAGUGGUUUCGGCUGGUGUGUCAGUCCUGUCACAGGGAAGGCCAUUCAGCCUGCUGUUUUGAGUCAGUCGGGAGACCAGCAAUGCCCCAGCUGGUGCCAGAUGCUGAAGGAGCAGGCGAUUGGACGGAAAGCUGGAACUGGUUAUGAGCCAGAGUGCGAGGCAGAUGGGCAUGGAUUCUCCCCAAUGCAGUGUGACCAUGGAGACUGCUGGUGUGUCUCUCUGAAUGGUCAAGAGCUCCCUGGGACCAGAACCCCUCGCAACGCUGGGCAGACCCCUGCCUGUGGCAGUCCCCAGUGUCCACUUCCCUUCAGCGAACCACGUCUUGCCCAUGGUGCCCUUCUGUGCAGUCAUGCCAUGGAGGGCGGCCAACAGAUACAGCGCUGCCAGCUCUUGUGUCACCAGGGCUAUGAAAGCCCACUUCCUGACAAGAACUUCCUGUGUGAUUCUGUGACCAGAAACUGGCUGUCAGAUGCCCCAGUUCCUCAUGCCUGCCAGAGACUCCAGGUUUUACAGUCAGUUCAGGCCUUCUCUGAGCUCCAACUAUCUGUGCCUCAGGGGCAGUCAUGUAGCUCCAUCCGCACUGGUCUGCAGCUCUCCCUCCUCCGGGACAUGAGGGCUCGGGGACUCUGUAGCCUGCAGGUGACAGCCCCCAAAGGAGAGCUGAGCUUUAUGUCAGUCUGUGAUGAUUCCUCGGUUUUGCUGGAGUGUGACACUGAAGAGGCACUCAGGGCCAAGCUUGCAUGGCGGGCACGCCUCUCAGAUGUCCCUGUACAUGCUCUACCAGAUCUACAUGAUGUCGAUGUAGCAUUUACUGCUGGGAAACUGUUGGAACGGGCGGCUGACCUGAUCCGAAGUGGAAACUACCAGUCCAUCGUUUCACUAGAUGGCCCUAUGGACCCAGCUCUGACCGUGGCAUUCGGCUGUGCUCCAGGUUACAGACAUAUCUCAGGAAACGCUGGAUGUGUGGCAUGCCCCGCAGGGACCUUCUCCACCAAUGGAGGCUGCUCCCUGUGCCCAGUAGGAUCCUAUCAGGAACAGCAAGGCCAGGAGUCCUGUGACAGGUGUCCCAGUGGGACAUCCAGCGCCUCCCCAGGGGCAUUCAGAGCCACACACUGUGUCAGUAAAUGCCAGAGGAGUGGGCAGGGUUGCACAGAGAGUGGGGAGUUCCAGGCGACCCAGCUGGACUCUCAGAUGGGGAAGUGGUUGUGUGUGAGCUCGCAGGGGAAGAGACUGCUCUGGACCACCUCAGUGGAGCCUCUGUCUGAGCCAGAGUGUCGAGUGAUGGAGAAAUUUGAGGAUGUGCCCAGGUCUCAGUGGAUUCUGGGAAGUGACACUGCCAUCGUUCUUGGCUCCAGCAUCUCAGAUGAUGCCUUGCGAAGUCCGCUCAGAAAGUGCAUCUCUGACUGUGCUGUCAAUGACUCCUGCCAUCAUCUGGCCCUGUUCACUGAUGGAGGGCGGAAACACUGUGACCUCUACAGCACAGAUGAAGCAAACAUUGAAUGCAAGGCUUCUGAAAAAACCAAAGGCUUUUUGGGAAAUCCAGGUGCUGAUAUGUACCAGAGCCUCAGUUGUUUGCUAAAAGUGAAAGGAGACAGACCAGACCUUGUGGUGUUGAGAAAGAAAGGUCAUGAGUUCACCACCACUUCUUUGAAGACGUUUGAGAGGCUGGGGUUCCGCAAGGCGAGCUCUGGGGUGUACCGCACUGCGGUGUUUCAGGCCCGAGGCGCCACUCUGACAGAUGUCCAUCGCUUUUGCCAGGACUCCUGCAGCCAGGAGAGCUGCUGUGAUGGCUUCAUCCUCAACCAAAACGUCCUCAACGGAGGCACCGUCCUGUGUGGUCUCCUCAGCUUCCCAGACCUGCUGCUCUGCAGUGAUGAGGACUGGGACGUUGCUGGAGCCUCAAAGUCCAACCGUAUCUGUGGAGCAGGGGUCCAGUACAACAAACAGAGGAAACAGUUCACUUUCAGCUUUGGUGGCCAGAACUUCACCAUCACUGAUGCAGCCUUGCCAGCAACUAGCAAAAACAAAACGGAUUACCAGGCAACAAUCAUUGGCUUCCAACGAAUUUAUCUUUGGAGAGGUUCUGACAUGAUGACUCGUCAGAAGUCAUCCCCUAAAUGUGCCAGUGUUUCUGUGCAGCCGGACCAGAAAGUUCUUAUCUCAGAUGCAGUGACAGAGGGAUUCACUGCAGUAGACAGCGCCUCUGUCCGUGUCAACCCAAGUCAGCCCAUCCCGAGUCAGCAGUACUGGAUCUUCAAGCACCAGUCAUCUGCAGAGCAGGCCCAGCUGUGGUGUCUGAAACGUUGUGAAGAGGAGGACCUCUGUCAUGUGGCAGACAUUUGGGAUGACAGCCCUGUCUAUUUCACCUGCGCCCUGUAUCCGGACACCCGGGUGUGCGGUGCUUAUGACACGCCCCAGAGACACCCCUGCAGCCUCGCACUGCCCCGGCCUCCCCAAAACGCCCACAGCAAGAAGGUCAACCUGUUAGGAAGUGUGAAGAGUUUCUACAGCCCGGUGACUUUUAAGAAGAUGGUGUCCUAUUCGGUGCGGAGUCGGGUCAGCCUGGGUGCCAGACCCAUCACUGAGGCGUUUUCUGAAUGUGAACGGCGGUGUGAUGAAGACCCUUGCUGUCGAGGGAUUGGCUAUGUCAGAGACUCUCAGUCUCCUGGUGCAGAUGUUCUCUGUCUAACUCUGAACAGCUUUGGGAUCCAGACGUGUGGUGAGGACCAGACUGCCUGGCGGGCCAUGGACUGCACGCCAUCUAAAGUGGUAACGGGGGUGUUCCCGUUCAUCUGGUACGAAAAACCAGUUAAUCAAUGGACUGGUAGUCCUGACCUGUGUCCUCCAUUCAAUCUCCCUACACCGAGUCAGAAUGUGACACAGAGUGAUUGGGCACUGCUGGAUGCGUUCUCCAUCCUGGUGGAUCCAUCGAUUUCCACCUUUGAUGUCAUUCACAUCAGCAAGGACAUUGCAGAAGACUUUAGCAAAGUCAGAGACUGGUGUCUGUCUGCCUGUGAGAGGACAGACUCUUGCUCUGUGGUGACCGUGGAGAAGCGGGAGUCUGCUGUGCGCUGUGUGCUGUACCCUGACACUCACAGCUGCACGCCUACAGAACAGGGACAGAGCUGUCUCCUCUUCAUCAGAGAGGCUGCCUCUCACGUGUACCUCAGGAAAGGUCUGAAGCCAGAGUUGGAGUCCGUGUUCAUCCCAGGUCAUGGAACCCUUGUGGGUGAAUCCAAAGUAACUGUGGUUGGCACAGAAAGGAAGAGAGUGAGCCACUUCCUGGGUGUACCCUAUGCUCGUCCUCCAAUAAGAAACCUCCGUUUCAGCCCACCACAGUCUGCUGAGUGGAGUGGGACGUGGAACGCAACCUUCCCCCGAUCCAGCUGCCUGCAACCAGGAGAUGGAGAGUCCUCUUCUUCCAGUGAAGACUGUCUGUACCUAAAUAUCUUCGUCCCCAGCAGCAUUGUCAGGAACAGCCCUGUCCUCGUGUUCUUCUACAACCCCACGAGAUCUGCCAGGGACCAGGGACCAGCGCUAUUGGACGGUUCCGACCUCACUGCCUCCAGCAACUCCAUCGUGGUUACAGUGCACUUCAGAGCAGCAGCGUUUGGAUUCCUCAGCACAGCCUCUGCGGCUUCCCCAGGGAACGCAGGCCUGCAGGACCAGCUGACUGCUCUGAAGUGGGUCCAGCAGAACAUCGCUCGUUUCGGGGGAGACCCCGGCAGGGUGACCCUGGGUGCGGAGCGCAGCGGGGCCGACGCCGUGAGCCUGCACCUCCUCUCUGAUGCGGCCGCCGGCCUGUUUCACCGAGCUCUGCUCAUGGGGGGCUCAUCCUUCUCUCCGGCCGCGGUUAUCAGCAGCUCCAGGGCUCGUGAGCUGACCAGCUCUCUUGCUCGUGAAGUGGGCUGUUCCUCCCCCGACACUGCCCAGGUGCUGUCCUGCCUCACGGAAAUAUCAGCAUCGGCCUUAAACUCAGCCCAGACCAAGCUGCUGGCUGUCAGUGGCCCCCUGCAGGCAUGGGCCCCGGUGGUUGAUGGGAUAUUUGUGAGGGAGAAGCCCUCCCUGGCCCUCCAGAGGACACGCCUCCGUGAUGUGGACAUGAUGUUGGGCUCCUCAGCUGAGGAUGGGCUGAUCAGCCGGGCCAAGAGCAUCAAGAGAUUUGAGGAGCUGCAGGGGAGAGCUAAUAGCAAAACGGCCUUCUACGAAGCUCUGUCCAAUUCUCUCGGAGGCAACAGUGCCAACACCUUUGUGAAAGAGGCUGCAACAUGGUUUUACUCCAUGCAGCACUCUCCCACACCCGCUGGCUACAACGUCUUCUCACGGGCUUUGGAGAACGCCACACGGGAUUUCUUCAUAAUUUGUCCUGCGGUCCGGAUGGCUCGGUUCUGGGCAGCCCAAUCAAGGUCCAACGUCUUCAUGUACCACUUGCCAGAGAAGACAGCCCAGACCAGUGCUGAUUUGUCCAUCCCUCUGGACCUCCAGUUUGUGUUUGGACUGCCUCAUCAGUCCAGGACACACGGUCUCUUCACCAGCAGGGAGCGAAGGCUGGCUCGACAGAUGAUGGCCUAUGUGGCCAACUUCGUCAAGUCCGGAAACCCAAACCACCUACACUCCUCCCAAGCCUCAUUCAGCGAAACCCUACCCCCCUGGCCUCGCUUCCUGCCCAGUCCUGAGGGGGACAAUUACAAAGAGCUGGACAUGCCCCUUAGCAACCGCAAGAGCCUGAGGAGGACUGAGUGCUCCUUCUGGUCCGACUAUGUGCCUCAGCUGACAGCUUCCACAGCCAAACUCUCACCUGCCCUUUCAGAGGAAGAGACAGAUGGUUUUGGUGCCCCCACACAAGAAACCAAAUUCGUCAACAUUUCCCCUACUUCAGUGACCCAGAGCAAGCCAAAGUCUGAAAAGGAUGCUUAUAAUUAAAGCACUGCACAAAUGCGACUAUAACAUAUAUAUUCAUACAGAUAUUCA